AUGCUCUUCCCGGCUUUGUCAGCCGUGCAAGUCUUCACUUGGUCGGCCGUGGGGCUGUUGCUUACAUGUCUUGGCAUCUUCUUUGUCACGACUCCGAAUGUGCUCAAGGGGCUCCCCCUUAUUGGCAAUCUUCUCGACCUCGCCGACUCCGAGCUGGUUCGGGACAAGGUCAGAGCGUGGGCUCAGGAGUAUCCCGACAUCUUUUACACGAAGAUUGGAGGCGCCGACUAUGUCUGGCUGUCUUCUCCCAAAGCUGUCAAGGAUCUGAUGGACAAGAGGUCCUCCAUUUACUCAUCGCGGCCGCCUCUCCCUUUUGCGCAGGAUGUGGCGAGUGCAGGCCGUCGGCAGCUCUUCAUGCCAUACAGUCAGCAGUGGCGAUCUCUUCGUAAGCUCUCUCAUGCUCUGCUUAACAGUAAUGCAGCCUCCAAAUACCAGCCUGUGCAAGACUAUGAAUCUAAGCAAUUGCUGGCCGAGUUCUUGGAGUCUCCGGAGUCGUUCUACCAACACAAUAGACGCUACUCGGCUUCUGUUAUCAUGCUGGUCACAUAUGGCUACCGUCUAGAAUCGUGGAAGCACCCGUUGAUGAAGAAGAUUUACACCGUCUUGGACAACUUGACCGAAAUGACAGCUCCAGGGGCGCACACAGUCGAUAGCUUUCCAUCAUUGGCAGCCUUGCCCGAAUGGUUUCUGGGCAACUGGCGGAGUCAUGCACAGCGUGUGUUCGAUCAUGAUAGUAAAGUGUACCUGGAUUUAUGGAACAAUCUCAAGAAAGAGGUCGAUGAGGGUACAGCCGUGGACUCUUUCAGCAAAGACUUCUACCUCAGCAACCCAGGAUCUCAGGGGAUUGAUGAUCUACUUGCUGCCUACACUUGUGGAGGUCUGGUCGAGGCUGGCUCCGAGACUACUUCCACCACACUCAACAACUUCAUGCUAGCCAUGGUCUGUAAUCCUGAAGCGCUUGGCAAAGCGCAGGCUGAAAUCGAUAGAGUCGUGGGACCGCACAGGCUACCGAGCUUUGAGGAUGAGGCUCACUUACCCUAUGUCCGAGCGUUGGUGAAAGAGGUUCUGCGAUGGCGGCCAGUGAACAAGUUUGGCAUGUUUCAUGCAACGUCGGAGGAUGACUGGUAUGAAGGAUACUUCAUCCCGAAGGGAACUGUCGCAGUACUCAAUUGGUGGGCAAUUCACCGGGAUUCUAACAUCCACCCUGAUCCAGACAACUUUGCCCCUGAGAGAUACCUGGACAAGCCUCUCUCGGCCGCUGAAUACAUCAAUGUGAAGGAUGCUUACGACCGUGACCACUUCACUUAUGGAGCAGGACGGAGAGUGUGCCCAGGAGUGCAUGUAGCCGAGAGAUCGCUCUACAUCAAUAUCGCGCGUGUGCUUUGGGGAUUUGAUAUCAGAAAGAAGAAAGAUGCAGACGGAGCAAUCAUCGAGCCUGAUAUGGCCAUGGUUCGUGGUUUUCUAAGCGUGCCAAAAGCUUUCGAAUGCGAGAUUGUUCCCCGUACACCAACACACGCCACGAAGAUCAAGGAGGAAUUCGCAGAGGCUCAGAAGGGGGACUUCUUGUUCCAGGCUCACUAA